AUGGCUUCAUUAUUACAAUCGCGGGUACCUUCAUGCCUAGCAUGCCUACGCCGGACAACUAGUAGUUUCGGCGACGGACUGCUAUUCUCAGGCAGCCAGCAGAUCCGAGGGAAGAAGAAGCUUGCAAAAGAAAAGGAUCAUAAUGUUACAAUUCAGUUACUGAAACCUGUCAUAGGAAUUGGCAGAAAGGGCAAAAUUGUCCAAGUUCCCCCCGGAUUGAUGCGAAAUAAACUGUAUGGCAGAGGAUUUGCUGUUUAUGUGACACCUACAGGAUCUGAACAAGUUGGUUCGAGGAAAAAUGUCGCUCUUCCUGAUAGUACUUUUGGAAAGCGCAAAGCCGCCAGAAUAGAGCCAGUGCAAGAUCAGAAGAAGGCAUUAAAAUUCCUCAGCGGAGAGCGUCGACUGAAUAUCAAGAAAGUGGUUGAGCUUGAAUUGCUGAGCCCCGAACGCUCCACAGCUAUCUUAGCCGAUUUGAUACCACCUUAUAUAGACUUCUUCGAGACGGCCAUUACUGUUGCUCCUCUACCGGUAAAGAAGGUCUCACCAUCCCUAGCGUCAUCUUCUUCAAUAUCCGCUGCAGCUUCAAAGAAUAGUACAGGGAAACCAGAAAAGGUUCCCAUCUAUGGAUCGGUCUCAACUGCGGAUAUAGCCGCAAAGAUGAAGACCAUCUUAGGUCAGGACUCGGAAGGAAAGCGGGUUGUAUUUGGGCCGGAAGAUAUUAAAUUUGUUCAGGAGACGGAAGAGAAAGACCGUGUCAAACAUUUGGGUAUUUAUGAGAUUGAUAUACAACUCAGGGGAGCUCCUGAGGCUGUUCGAAGGUCGAUCAAAAUCAAUGCUCAGGAUUAG